CCGUGUGUCUCGCGCUAGUGUGUUAGUGUAAUUGUUUUAUUUCUUUCAUUUUUUGUAGUUUGUUUUAAAAUUUAAUAAUUUUUAUUGCGAAUUUUUAAUUUUUCUCGUUAGUGUCUAUUUCAAAUUAUUUUCUGUUUAGUUUAUAGUGAAGUUGCUUAGAUUGGUGUUAAAGUUAAUAGAAAAUUCCUCAACUGUGUCUGACAAGAAUAUAAUUUAUCUUGUUUAAUAGUUAUAAUGAAUCAUCAAUGGUUCAGCAGAGACGUUUAAAAAAUUUAAGCCGGAAGGAAGAUAUGGGUUGUUAAACAUUACUGAUACAUACUUCCGGUAACCAUGAUCAUAUCCGUUCAAUCCACCUAUCUCGAUCGACUAAAUGCAGCGGAAAAAAUAAAACAAACUGUAUGAUAAUUUACACAUUAUGUCUUGUGUGCGGGAAUCAUCACCGCAGUCGGAACAUGUGGUCAAUCAGAGAUCAGAACCAAAAGUACGUCGAUUUAAUCCACUCAGACGUCUGCGUCAAAUAUUCAAACGUAAAGCUCAUAGUCCUGAACCCAAUGAAGUUAAAUCAUGUGACAACAUUGUAGAACCACCUAGUUUGGAUACGUCUAGAAGUCGUUCGACUAGUCAGCUGAUUGACGAGCCAUUUACCAGGAGGCGAAGCUUACACUCCACUAUACUAAGUGUUAGCCAUGACAGUGUAUUCAACCCUGAACAACAUUCUGGUCAAUCCGAUUCUGAAUCUGCUGUAUCCGUACCGCGGUUAGGUUUUCCUCAAGCCAAUAUACAGGCUGAAUUACUAGAAGCGGUAAGAAGGCGAAGAAAAAUUCAAGAUGACGAUGAUAGUUUUGACAAUGAAGAUUUAGGACUCCCACGAAGUCCAUCAAUGCAUUCUCCUACUAUUGCCACUGGCAACGAUCUCCGAUUGAGCAAAGAGCUGAUAACUAAAUCUUCACAUAGUACAUGCAGCGAUGGAUCACUCCUUAGCAUGGGCAGUUCCGAAAUGGAUGAAGAUUCUUUUGGAGCUCACAAUUCUCGACAUUCGUCAAAAAUAUCGUUACAUGACAAGCGCACAUCUCAAACUUAUUUAGACAGUUCAGACGGUGACUAUUCGACAAGUGUUCCUCUUAGUCACGAUGUAGCUAAACACCGAAUGGCGAUUAGGCCCAAAAGAAAGCACGGCAACCCUCGCAGCAAAAAACCGCUGACUGUGACAAAUGCUCUUCCCGCGACGCCCGAAGUGAACGAAGAACACUCGGGCCGGUCAACUUCGCCCGAAACCAAGCCUCAGACUGCCGACACAGCAGAUGGCACCACCACCAUCAGCACCGUCACUUCGAACACUAAAACCACCACCACUACCACCACCACCACUACCACCUCCUCCACCACCACAACUACAAACGACACGGUCAUCGCAACUGAGAUGCCGGACGUUGUUACCGACACAGCUCGCGUCGCCACUCCCUCGACGGCCGGGUCUUGUGACUUAGACACAUCGGUGGACGAGAUUUCCGUGGAGAACGUGCCGCGGCGCGAAGAGGGUUUUUUCCACCGUUUACUGUCGCGCCGAAGCACCAAGAAAAAAGCUUCCGCAGCCGCCAAGUCCGCGUCCACCGAAGACGUAGACGUGGACCGGUUCCUGUUCGACGAGACGACGGGCGCGAGGCCGCGGCAACGCGAAGAACCGCCGCCGGCCGGCCGCAUGCAGCUGUCGUAUCCGCCCGACAUGCCGCCCGACCACCGUCCUCAGCAACACCGCGUACCGAUGCCGUCGGCGGUGGCUCACGCUGAGGACGUUUUCGAGCCGGACACGUUCGCGCCCAUCAAACAGUCGUUCAGUCUCGGACAGCAGCACUCGCACCACAUGGCCACCACGGACGACGAAGCCACGUCCAGUGGCGACGGGUCGUCCGUCCAGAAAUCGUCGUCGUCGGACAGCGUGUCCAGCGCCGCCCUGGACGAGUCCGUUGAUUCGGCGGCCGCGGUGUCGAUGACGACGGCGGGCGAACGGCACCGGAGUUACAGUUCGAGCGACUCGGAACACCAAGUCUGCGGCACCGACGGCGGUCACCAACACCUGCGCCCGGUGCCCGCCCCGCGCCCAUCCAAACUGUACAACGGCGGAGGUGGCACCGCGGCCGACGUGGUGGUGCGGAGGAAGAAGCGCGACGAUCAACAGCAACCCGAACUGCUCAAAGUGUUCGCCCGGCGGUCGUUGAAGUUGGGCAAAGACGGCGAACCGGAAUUCCUGUUGUUGGCGGCCGAUGUGGACCGCGGCGAUGACGGCGACGGCGGCGACAAUAAGGCGACGACGCCCUCAAACGGCGAGUGGCCGGUGGAACAACAACAACAACAAGUGCCAUCCGAGGACCGCGUGGUCGUGGUUUUGGUGGACAACGAUAACCGCCAUGCCGAACACGUGGUGGUGGACGUCAACGAGAACCAAACGGUUGCUGCGGCGACGGCGGCGGUCGAAGUCGUGCCCAAGUACAAGUGCAUACAGCAGCGCCGGGAAGAGUGGGAAAAGCUGCUUUUGCAGCAACAGCGGAACUGAGCGGAAAACCCAACUUACGAGUUCUGCUCCUAAUUUCUCAUCCUCUCCACUUCCACUCUUUUCCGUCUGUUGUUAUGAUGUAUUUCACCUCCCCCGACCGACGGGGCGGUUAACUGUUAUCGAGCAAUACGAUAAGUAUAAUCGCUUUUUUUUAUUAUUAUUAUUAUUCCUUUUCUAUAUAGAACGGUGCUAGAUGAUGGUUGUUUACUUUUUACCCGAGUAGCCUUAUGCGAGAGACUAUAAUACAAUUAAUGAUAUUAGGUUGUGACUUUCGUUAUUUUCGUUACAAUAAACACGUACCUUGUAAAAAUGCAAUAUAUAUUUUGAUAAAAAAAAAAACUUGAUAAUAAUAAUUUAACAGAUAUUACCAUUUUAUGAAUUUAAUGUUAUAAAUAUAUGUUUGUGUUAUAAAAAUUAUAUAUUUUAUUAUAUAUUCAUCGUAAGAGAGUAUAAUAUUAUUGUAGUUAUGUUGAUUCGGACAAAUAUUUUUUCAUCAGAUAGUCAUAUAUUUCAAAAAGUUAUUUAGAUAAUAUAUAUAGGUACUUAUAUUAUAUUUACAUUUAUUGAGUCUAUAAAGUGAUUAAUGUUCUAGUAACGAUGUCUGUUUUUCGUUAAUUUUUUUUUUCAUAACUUUUAAUCUGUGAUUUCAAAACGUUUAAGACAUUUUUUUAAAUAAUUAUUUUACCAGACUUUUAUCUAAAAUUUAAUAAUUGUUAUUUACCUUGCCCAAUUUGUUUUCGUUGUUAAAGUUCCUUCCUCUUCAUCAAUAUAUAACAAUGUCCAUUAUUUUAAGUAUUUAAUAGUGAUUUUUUUUAUACAUUCUGUUUACCUUUCGACAAUACUAUUAUAAUAUACGCUCGUUGUAUACGUCGCCGCGUUCUUGCCUCUCCACGCGCGCGUCACGGACGGACCCCAUCCGACAGUCAUUCGCGCAAAAAUGUCACCAUAUUUGGACCACGCUACCUGCAAUUACCAGGUUGUAAAUGAUGUUCUUUUGAUGUCGUGUACACGAAUUAGGUCCGGAUGACGGGCGGACGCGUUGAACCAUCCGGAAAAAAUUUCCCGUUUAGUAUGGUACCGUGUCGUUCCUACUAUUUUUCACCGACAGGUUGUGUUAUUUUACGUAUAGACUUAUUUUUGCACAAUCCUAUUCAGAGUACCUAAAUUCGAAAUAACAAUUUAUUUUUAUUUUUUUUUUUAAUCCAAUCGACUGAAACGUAAUGAACCGUGAUCUCUACAGUAUUUCGACGGUCGAUCGACUAUACUAUAAAUAGUAUAAUAUACUAUUAUAGAUA